AUAAGGUGUUAUGGUUCUAUAUCACAAAAAAUUAUGCUGUAGAUUUGAUUUUUCACAAUUUCUCUUACUAUGUAUCAAAAUAGAUUUGAGCCACACACCCCUCCUUUAGUUGGGUUAAAGUGGUAUGGACACACAACUUGAACAGGAGCUUGCCAGCUCUGGAAAAUCAGUGUUCCAUGUUCUUUGCUCCCACUGCUCCGUGACCUUCGACCAUUUUUUUUAUAGGGAAAAACGAAAGAUUACGUAAAUAGUUUUUUGGCUUCAAUUUUGAGAAUACCGAAAAAAUGUUCUUCGAAAAGCUUUUUGCAAAACUUCCAUCGGUCAAAGCCCAGGAAGAAGAGGACCUGGUAGAUCCGCAGGACGUUUUGAGGGAGAAAUGCAGGGAUACUGAACACUGCAAACACUUAGCUGAAAAAUAUCAAGCCUGCAACGAUAGGGUCAACUCCAGAUCACAAACAACAGAAACUUGUGUAGAAGAACUUUUUGAUUUAUUGCAUGCUGUUGAUCACUGUGUUACCAAAGAUUUGAUGAGCAAAUUAAAGUAAGUUGCUGAUAAAUGUAAUACUGUAGCUCUUGUUAAUUUAGAAAAUAAAUUGUGGUGUUUGUAAAAAUGUAUUUUUAUCCACAUAGAUAAACAACAUCAUAGCAGUGUUGGUCCUAAUAUCUAAACAUAUUUUUUUCCUAUUUGUCAUUUAUCAUUAGUUAAAAUUCUGUUUUGUCAAGUAUGGCUGCUCAAGGCAGGAGAGAAUAGAGCAAAGAAAUGGAGUAAAUCAUUUGAAGUAGAAAGUGCUCAAUCAUUAUUGGUUUGUCUACUUAAAUAAUUUUGAUCAGUUUUGUAAAGAAAUAAUUUUGAUCAAUUCAAGGCACAGCCUGGAGCUUGUUCAACCUUUUUGAGUGCAAGA